CCGACGGCGGCGCGAGGACCCGUUCGUUUACCUGAGCGAACGGCCGGCUGUUGCGGUUGGUCUUUUCCCGCCUUUUUGCCUCCUCCAGCCUCCUCCCUUCGCCUCAGGCGCUGCGGAGCGGAGCGCGCUGGCGGCGAGUUUUCUGGGCGGUCCGCUAUGCCCCUCGCCCCGGUUUCUCGCCACCCCCGUUGAGCGAAAAGCGACGGAGAGACAGAGGGGGGAGAGACCAUGGCCGAUUUCCUGCCGGUGCCCGGGCUGUGCCUGCGCGAGGAGCCGCUUCCCGGGCCGGAAGCGGCCGAGACGGAGGCCGAAGUCUCGCUCAGCCUGGCCUUCGCCAAGACGCGCUCGUAUGGCAGCACGGCCAGCGUGGCGGCCCCUCUGGCCGAGCGCUACCUGGAGCACCGCCUCGGCCCCGGCGACACCCUGCAGGGCAUCGCGCUCAAGUACGGCGUGACGAUGGAGCAAAUAAAAAGGGCAAAUAAGCUGUUCACAAAUGACUGCAUAUUUCUGAGAAAAACAUUGAAUAUACCAGUUACAUCAGAGAAACCUUUGCUAUUUAAUGGACUGAACUCGCUGGAGUCUCCUGAGAAUGAAGCAAUUAGCAGCCCCCCUUCUUAUGAAGAUGAUCCGGUGACUGUUCAGGAAGACAAGUCUUCACCCAGUCCUCAAGAAUCUGACAAUCAUCUUCUUCCACCUGAAGAAUUAUCUGCCAAAGAUUUUCUACACAGACUAGAUUUGCAGAUUAAGCUGUCCAAACAGGCAGCUAGGAAACUAAAACCUGAGGAUACCAGGGAGGAUGAUGAAGAAAAUCCCUAUGCAACUUCUUCCUAUCAGCAGUAGAAGACACAUGAAGAGCUGGAAUAGAAACAGUUCUUAAAAAACUAAAUAGGUCAAGAUUCAAAAGGGGAACCCUUUUGGAUUGAUUUAUUCUGGUGUAUUUGUUACAAGUCAUGUAUAGAUAAUUCCACUGACUAUACUUGCACUAAAAUGUUUUUGGACCAUUUGCCUUCUGCAGGUUGGUGUCCUUGUUCUGUACGUCAUUAAGGGAAGUAAGCCUUCCAAACUAGCAAUUGCCUUCAUAUUUUUGCUAUGGAAUAAGCAGCACAGUAGCAUCAACAUAUCCCAGAGACCAUCUUUAUGUAGAGUCUUUAAGAAACAAGACAGCAUACUUAAGCAUAAGAGACAUUAAGUGUUCAUGAAGAAAGGCAUUCUUGUGAGCUGUGAGGCAGAUAAGUUUGUUGCGUUAAAAGUAUCAGAGCUGAUGGAUGUGGCCUUGAAUGUUGUAUGCGUGGGAGUGCGUAAAUGUGUAUACAGAGUACAUAUAUAGAAAAGGAUUUUUGUUUUCCAAAAAUGAACCAGUUUUAGCCACCUGUUUUGAGAGGGGGGAAAAAGUUGGGCUUUUAAAGUAGAGAAUACUGUUUGGAAACUUAACUUUUUUAAAACAAAGAAGAAAAGCUUACUAAAAUGUAUUUUUCUUUGUGUUAGGAUAAUGUUUGAAGCAGCUUCUUGUGUGCAAACAUGUAGCUUUCAUUUAAUUAAAAAAUGCACUUUAGGUCGGUGACUUAUAUUUGUUA